UCCUGUGAACGGCGCCGUCGCGACAAAGUUUUUCUUAGCACGAAAACGUAGAGGUCUCGAGUACUUUAUGUACGUAGAACUAGAUCGUCUGCCCUCAGGUCUUGCGGCGAAGGCGGUUUUGGCGAAGGAGAGCAGGAAAGAAAUCGCAAUCUUUAAUUAGAGAAUGUCUAUGCCUAAGCGGGAGGUGGAGGAGUUGAGGCCAUGGGUGGAACGCAUUGUGAAUAAGAUGCUGGGCUUCUUAGAGCCCACUGUCGUCACUGCGGCUUUGCAGUGCGUGGGCAAGGGGCUCGACAAGAGGAAGACCGCAGACCAGUUGCGUCCUUUUCUUGAUGAAUCGGCUGGAGGUUUCGUGGAGCGUCUUUUUGAAGCGCUGGAGGAAAGUCGCAAUGCCCGUGGCAACAAAGGAGCUGGAGAGAAGAACCGUAAAAGAGACUUAAAGGAUGUUUUUGGGGAUGACACUGAUAUCAGUGGAGGGAGAGGGGCUGUAGAGGCUGGAGAUGGAACAGCAGUGAAGAAGAAGCGAGUCCCUCGCUUUGAAGAGGUGGAGGAGCCUGAAGUGAUCCCUGGACCUCCUUCUGAGAGCCCUGGCAUGUUGACCAAGAUGCAGAUCAAACAGAUGAUGGAGGCAGCCACAAGGCAGAUAGAGGAGAGGAAGAAACAACUGAGCUUUGCCUCCUCGGUCCCUGCUGCACCGCGGUUGCCACUUCCUACACCGCAACCCUACCUGGAAUCCCCUCCGAUGUCCAGGCUUCUCCCCACUCCCUCUGUUCCCCCUGUGGCUGGAGCCCAAUCCAUCCCCCCUUCCCAGGCUGCCACCUUCAUGAAUGAUGCAAUAGAGAAGGCCCGUAAGGCAGCUGAGCUGCAGGCACGCAUCCAGUCAUCAGCUAUGAAGCCGGGUAUACUGGGAGCACUGGGGAACGCUGGGCCGCACAACCUUGUGACACUGGCCAACUUGCAUGCCAUGGGCAUUGCUCCACCGAAAGUGGAAGUCAAGGAGGUCAACAAGCCAACACCUUUGAUUCUAGAUGAGAUGGGAAGAACUGUAGAUGCUAGUGGCAAAGAGGUUGAGCUCACACACCGUAUGCCCACACUGAAAGCCAACAUACGUGCGGUUAAGAGGGAGCAGUUCCGUCAACAGCUGAAAGAGAAGCCUGGAGAGGACCUGGAGUCCACAUCCUAUUUUGACCAUCGUGUCUUCAUAAACGCAGCCCAACGCGCACGCAGAAGCUUCAAAUUCCACGAACAGGGACGCUUUGAGAAGAUCGCCCAAAGAAUUCGAACUAAGGCCCAGUUGGAGAAACUGCAAAGCGAGAUUGCCCAGGCAGCAAAGAAGACGGGCAUCCAGGCAUCCACCAAGCUAGCUCUGAUCGCCCCUAAGAAGGAGCUUGGAGAAGGGGAGGUGCCCAGCAUUGAGUGGUGGGAUUCAUACAUCCUGCCCUCCAACGUAGAGCUAAACCCAGAGAUGCAACUGGAUGACAUUGAAUUCUUUGGGGUAACCAACCUUGUGGAACACCCGGCCCAGAUUAGCCCUCCAGUGGACACAGAUAAGCCAGUAACGUUGGGCGUAUACCUGACAAAGAAGGAACAGAAGAAGCUGAGAAGACAGACACGUCGGGAGGGCCAGAAAGAAUUACAAGAAAAGGUCCGCCUUGGACUCAUGCCUCCACCAGAACCUAAGGUACGCAUCUCUAACCUCAUGAGAGUACUUGGAACGGAGGCUGUUCAAGAUCCCACCAAGGUGGAGGCCCACGUUAGAGCACAGAUGGCCAAGAGACAGAAGGCUCACGAGGAAGCCAAUGCAGCCCGCAAGCUCACGGCAGAGCAGAGAAAAGAGAAGAAGGUCAAGAAGUUAAAAGAAGACCUCAACCAUGGUGUUCAUAUUGCAGUGUACAGGAUCCGCAAUCUGCAAAAUCCUGCCAAGAAGUUUAAAGUGGAGGCCAACGCAACCAGCUGUACCUGACAGGCUCAGUGGUUCUGCACAAAGAUGUCAACAUUGUGGUGGUGGAAGGAGGU